AUGUCUAAUACCUUUGAUGGGUUUGUACCUAUACACACAGUGUUCUAUACACUUUUUCAUCCGACAGAGGGGUCUAAGGUACGGUUUCAGUUUCCGCCUAACAAUUUGGAACAUGGAGGAAUCGAUUUUGAUACAAUAAAAAACUACAUUAUUCCGAAACCACAGCUUUGCAACAAGCUCUUAACAUUCAAAUAUGCUAAUUAUAGAUUAGUAUGCUAUCCUGUGAACGUCAAUGCCAGAUAUUACGCUAGAAAUUCCUUCAAUUUCAACUUUGUUUUCGUUUUCCCUUAUGACUGUGCUACUUCACCAUAUGAACCUGCUAUUGCACGACUUGGUAAGAUGUUUAAGGUGUUGGAAGAACAAUCUCAAAUACUUUCUAAGGCCGAAAGAGACCCAGUUUACUUUCAAUUGAAAUCGCAAGAUGCUAGCACUGUUGAACAGAAUGCGGAAAAAGGGUCAAUGACGUUAGGUGAACAUAGUGAUAUCAAGCCACCUGGGGACGAUGGAGAAAAAUACCAAAAAAUUAUGAUGGAUUUAGCCAGUGACACAAAGAAUCUUUGUAUUGAAGAUCUCUUGAUGAAGUUAUUCCUUGAUUUAAACAAUUAUUCAGAGUGUUUGAUUCCAAUAGAUGACGGAAACUCUAUAGAUAUCAAACUCUUCCCAGUAAGGAUACCUCCUACGGCUAAAAUAUCAGUUGAAGAUGUUCCGAUCGCUAUUGUAAAUCUUACAGAUAUCAUAGAUGUCAAUUGGGAUCCUACUAUGAUUAAGAUAGUUCCUUACAUUGACGGUAUUAACAGUAUAGAUCAAAUUGCUUCAUGUGCUGAAAGUGAUGUGGGUUUAGUUCAAGAGUGUAUCAAACAUCUCAUGUAUUAUAAGUGUGUUAUACUUUCAGAUAUAUUCCAAUUCAGCAACAUAUACGCUCCCACAAGUGAAAUCCACACUUUCCUAACCAACCCUGCUAUCGCAAACGCAUGUCAGUUUUAUGUCCAAAUAGAUAGUCUAGGAGAAUAUCAACUACCAUUUGAUAGAAGACCACAUGAAGUUUUUUCUUCAGGAAAAAAGCAUGCAUCAUCAAGUACAGUUCAUUCAAAAAGACGUGAUUCAAUAGACACAUCAACAACCGGUUCUGUGGGGUCAAACAUGGAAUUACACAGGAAUUACUUGUCAACAUCGUCCACACCUUCAUACCUUAAAGCUCACACAUUGGAAAGCGGAAGUCUUGGAACUAACGAAAAAAUUAACAGAAGGGUGCUGCCAACCAAGAGUUGCAUAUUUGAUCUUUAUAGGUCUCUAUGCCAGGGUAAAACUAUAAAAGAAUGGUACAAACAAAACUUUGAUAUAAUUAGGGAUAAUAGAAUUGACGUACGAAGGCUAAUUAUGUUUGGUGUUACAAGAAGACUAAUAUAUCGUGUUAAUUCGUACCCGAUAGUCAAAAAUAUUAGUACAUGGGAUAUUCUUAAAUCGCUGGUCGCUAACGAACCCAAAACAAAGCAUAAAGCAGUAGGAGAUUCAGAAAAUAUCUUUUCCGCAGCAGAUAUUAAAGUUGUUGAUAACAAAGACGAUUCUUAUGUCGAGGAUAAUUCAGAUGCCGCCGAUAAGCUUCUAAAAAGCCUUUACAAGAAACUCUCUUUGAAGCAAGACAGCUCUAGUGGUGGAACGAGUAAGAUCACACGCUAUUAUGACGAUAGCCCCCAAAAGGAUGGCGAAACUAACUCUAGGAAAUCUAGUUCUGGGUCGCAACAAAAAGUGUCAUUUGAUGUCAGUGCACCAACUGAAACAAGCAAUAUUGCAGAAAUUCAUAAUCCCAAUCAAAAUGGCAUAUGGAAGAAGAGAAAAGAAGAGGAGCUUAUACUUAUGGAUUGCUUGAAAAACGCUGAAACAUUUGAUAAAAUUUGCACCAAACUGAAAAGAAGUAGGAAAGAGGUAGAAGUAAUGUUAAAGGAACUUGGCCAUUAUAAUAUAGUAAAUAGUUAG